ACUAAUGCAUGGUAUCUAAUGGGCUAACCGCUAACCAUAAAAUAAAAGAGUUGAAUGGGCCUGACCUACAUGGGAUUUGGUCAUCAAGUAAAACAAAUGAACAUCAUGGGUUUGCCAUUCUAAAACAAGCUAUUUUCUCUGGCAUAAUAUAUAUUGUGCUAUUAUUUUAUAUCUUAGUGGCUAAAAUAUAAUGUAUUUUAAAGUUAUUCAAUGGUUCAACCUCGACCAACCCAAUUAGUCCAAUUUUUAUAAUUUCAAAUAUAUAUUUUAUAAUUAUUUGACAUCAUAAUGAUCAAAUUAUAGUGUAUUUUAUAGGGAAUCGUUUGGUAUUUGUUAGUAAAAAACUAAACAUAAAAAUCUAUUUGGUUAUUUUAAACAUUAAAACGAUCCUCAACAUUUUCAGUUCCUUUUGAAUUUAUAUGGUUUUAUUCCCGAAUAAGUGAUGUGCAAAUGGCGAAUUGUAGUCGUCUUUUUUCUUUCACUAUUUUUUUUAUUUUCAAAUAGAAAGUUUAAAAGUAAAGAAUAAUUAGAAUUUGGCAUGGGUCGGUCAAACAGGUUGAAUUUCAAGUUUUGGCCCAUUUGUUUUAUGCAUUGCAAAUUUAUUAGCAUGUUGAUGGAAAUGGCUUGGAAAAAAGACAUAUAAGUUGUAUCUUUGCAGAAAUGUCCUCAAAUGUUUGAAUGCUUUGUGAAUCAGGUUUUGUGACUUUUGUGAUGGUGUAUGUGCUUGACGAUUGCUCGAUGUUGUAACUACUUAAUUUAAGAGUAAAUCUUUUGACUUUCCCUAUGAGUUGUGAUACCAAUUCUGGUGGUUGCAGCAUGUUGUCGUUGUUGGCCUGUAAAAGUUGUUUCGCCGUGAUGCUAAAUACCUUUCUUUCUUUUUUAACAAAUUGUGUAGUAGUGCUAUGAAACAGACCACCCAUGAACGCUACGCUUAUUAUGUUCUGUUCUUACUUCCGGUGGUGAGAAAUUGUGAAUUGAGAAUCAUAUUCGCCUACCGCACUGUGUCUGGUUGGUGGCUGCUUACUGUGCUCUCUAGAGUUAUGAAACAGACUACCCAUGAACUUUACCCUUAAGAGUCCACAACUUUGCGAAAAACCAAAUAUAGGCAAUCAAAGGUGGUGGAUGUGUGAUGAUUUUUUAUGGCUUAAUUGUUUGUGAAUUAGAUAUAUGAUCUUUGUAUGAUUAGAGGGGAUGUUUGCUUAAUAGAAUAAUCCAUUUUAAUUCAUGUUUAUUUUUAACAUGAACUUUAGUAACUCAAAACCUUUGAGACACAUAUCACCUACUGCAUUGUAUCAUUUUGCCUGGGUGCUUGCUGUGUUGUCAAACUUCUUUGCUGCUGAUGCAUUUACACUAACAGGGGAGUUAAGAACCCAUGAAUGUUUCCGUUUGACACAAACAAGAGGACUUACUUCUAAAUCAUGCACUAAAGAUGAUUGGAGGAAACAUCUCUGUUGCAGUUGAUACACUGGAGACCAUAACAAAAGCAACGUAUAACAUCAAAACCAACCAUCUGAACUAUUAGCAUUGUUGCUUUACUCUUUUUUCGUGGUUGAGUCUCCUUCAAAAAAUUUAGUUUCAUUUUAGAAAAUUUUGCUUCUGCAAUCCUGUCUUGCCACCAACGCGUUCAGUAGAUGGAGAUGGCAGAGGCGAAGGCUAUUUUGUGUUGUUGUUGCUGGUUUAGGGAUCGGUUUGUGAAGAAGAGGGAGAAGAGAGGGGGAAAGGGAAAUGCAUGAGAGGGGGAUAACUCUUUUCUCCGACAAAAAUGGAGUGAAGAAAGGAAUUAUGAUCAGUAAGGAUAUGGUUAUCUUACAUAACUGUGUCUAUUCUGUUUGAAUUGAGCUUGGGAGGUAGUGAUAAGGACGAGCUGCAACCAAUUCAUAGUGAUAAGAGUGCUAUGAACUGUGAUCAUGUCUUAUUUCAAGUUAGAAGGUAGUUUCAGUAUAAGGAUUAUUUAAUUUGACAAGUUGUUUCGUCCAUGAUUCUUGGUAGUUUCAGUGCCAUUCUAGCCAUUGUUUAGUCUGUAAUUUUUGAGAAUUGAUGUGCGAGUAAUGACUUUCACUUAGCUUCAACUAUUAUGUGUGUAUUUAUUGGCAUGUGAUAGAAUUCUCUUUUCCUUUUCUUUGAAUUCAGUUUCAUACUCUAAUUGUAUCAUUUGUACAUAGGCAAAUCAUGCUCGAGAUGACAACUCGCUGAUAUGGCUGGUGCAAGGAAUGAAGCCAUCAUUAAAAUUCAGACCGACAACGGGGAGGGAUGCCUAGGACUAAUUCAAUGAUGAUUGAUGAUGGUAUGAUAAAAACUGCAGUCUGCAUCAGCACCAAUUUCUAGGCCUAAGUAAAGUUAUUCAACCCAGAACUCUGCUUAGCGCUAAAAAUUGCCCUCACCCAACCUUUAUCCUGUUUGACCCACUUAUGAAGAGUCAAGAUAUAUUACUAAUUCUCUCCGUUCGUAUUUUCUUAUUGGCUCUUUCUGACCCUUUAGGUUGGGGCGGGUCGGGAAGAAUCGGAUUAGUGGGCCGGUCCUAAUCAAGUGGAAUCCCAAUCCCUUCACUCUCACUUGCUUUCUCUCCCAUUCCACAAGUGGGUAACAUACAGUAAUCCGGCCAACGGGCCGGGUAAUAAGCUAGUUACCUUAAUAACCAUUUGAACACUCAUAGUGGAAAGGCAACUGAGACUUGAACCAGUCUCGUAGGUCAAAGGCCACCACUCUCAAUCCUGAGGCCACGAACCACCAAUGACCCAGUCCGCAAUGGGCCUGGGAUAGUGCAUGGAUUGAAAGUCAACGAACCAUCAACCUGGGCCUUGGUCCACAUCUAUAUCUAAAAGCUUUGAAACCUCUUGGCAGUUUCGUGUUCCCGCCAAGCCUCCAGAGUUUCCCCCUCUUCAAUCGCGAAAACCAAUAAAACAAAAAACUAAAAAGCAAAAGAGAAAUCGUCUCUCCAGCAAGAAUUCCUUCUCCUACGUCUCCCUUCGCAGAAGAAAAUCACACAAUUGGGAGAGCGCAGCAGUGGGUUAAGGAGAGCGAGGAGGGCGAGAACGAGGUCAGCUAGUGGAUAGCGUUGACGGGCCAAGCACGACGGCAAAGGGAGCAGACUGAAGAGAGCAAUCUGCAGCAGCCGGAAGGAACUAAGGAGGAGAAUAAGAAUUGAAGGUUCAAGAUCGAGAAUCAGCUUGGAGAUUUAUGACCCCGUGAAGUUGAACUGAAGUAAAGCUAGCCAGAAGUUCUCUUGAGUUGGAAGUGCCAUUUUGAUGGAUAUGGAAACUGGGGAUGAGUUCACGGCCACGGAGCCCGAGGUCUCUCGAUCCACAGGUUCUUCAAGAGGUCCCAGGCUGUUCAUCAAGGAAAUGGUGAUGAUGAAUUUCAAGUCUUACGCCGGUGAACAGCGCGUCGGUCCUUUCCACAAGAGUUUCUCUGCAGUGGUUGGACCCAACGGAAGUGGGAAGAGCAACGUGAUAGAUGCAAUGUUGUUCGUGUUUGGGAAGCGAGCAAAGCAGAUGAGGCUUAACAAAGUUUCGGAGCUUAUUCACAACUCCACAAAUCACCAGAAUUUGAGCAGUGCUGCUGUUUCUGUGCACUUCCAGGAGAUCGUUGACCUGGAUGAUGGUAACUACGAGGCUGUUCCAGGAAGUGAUUUUGUGAUUAAGAGAGUUGCAUUUCGGGAUAACUCAUCAAAAUAUUAUAUCAAUGACCGCUCGAGUAAUUUUACAGAAGUCACAAAAAAACUUAAAGAAAAAGGAGUGGACCUUGAUAACAACCGGUUUUUGAUUCUUCAGGGUGAAGUUGAGCAGAUCUCAUUGAUGAAGCCAAAAGCUCAAGGUCCUCAUGAUGAAGGUUUUCUUGAAUACUUGGAAGACAUUAUUGGGACUAACAAAUAUGUAGAGAAAAUAGACGAGGCAUCCAAGGAGUUGGAGGCUCUUAAUGAUAAAAGAUCUGGAGUAGUUCAAAUGGUAAAGCUAGCUGAGAAAGAAAGGGAUGGGUUGGAGGAUGUGAAGAACGAAGCAGAGAACUACAUGCUUAAAGAGCUAUCCCACCUGAAGUGGCAAGAGAAAGCCUCUAAAUUGGCUUUUGAAGAUACCUCUACCAAAAUGGUUGAAGUAGAAACUAACAUAUCCACCCUUGAAGAAAGCUUGAAGUCUGACAGAGGGAAGAUUCAAGAGAGUAACACGACACUGAAGGAGCUUGAAACUGUGCACAAUAAGUACAUGAAAAGACACGAGGAACUAAACGAUGAUCUCAAAACCUGCAAAGAUAAAUUCCGGGAGUUUGAAAGACAGGAUGUUAAGUACCGGGAGGAUUUGAAGCACAAGAAACAGAAGAUCAAGAAGCUUGAUGACAAACUUGAAAAGGACUCCUCAAAAAUCAAUGAUCUGACUAAGGAGUGCGGGGAAUCAACAAAUUUGAUCCCACAACUGGAAGAUAAAGUCCCAAAGCUGCAAAAUCUUUUGUCACAAGAGGAGAAAGUAUUGGAAGACAUAAAAGAGCGUUCUAAAGGUGAAGCGGAGGCGUACCGUUCCGAGCUUGCAAAAGUUCGUGCUGAAUUAGAACCUUGGGAGAAGCAACUGAUUGAUCACAAAGGGGAACUUGAAGUUGCUCGCACAGAGAGCAAGCUUUUGACUGAUAAGCAUGAAGCUGGUCAUGCAGCCUUUGAGAAUGCACGUAAGCAGAUGGACAGCAUAAAUUUAACAAUUGGAGCAAAAACAGCGAACAUUGAGAAGUUGCGAAGUGAAAUUGAACAAAAGAAGAUUGAAGCAUCAGAAUCUCAUAAAACUGAGCAAGAGUGCAUCAAAGAACAAGAAAGACUGAUUCCACUUGAACAAGCGGCAAGGCAGAAGGUUGCAGAACUUAAGUCAAUCAUUGAUUCAGAGAAGAGUCAGGGGUCUGUCCAGAAAGCAAUCUUACAUGCCAAAGAAUCUAAAAGCAUAGAAGGUAUAUACGGAAGAAUGGGGGACUUAGGUGCCAUUGAUGCAAAGUAUGAUGUUGCCAUAUCAACAGCCUGUGGUGGACUUGAUUAUAUCGUUGUUGAGACGACUGCGGCAGCCCAAGCAUGUGUUGAAUUGCUUAGACGGGAGAACCUUGGAAUUGCAACUUUCAUGAUAUUGGAAAAACAAGCUGACUUACUGCCAAAAAUGAAUGAGACUGUGAGCACUCCCGAGAGUGUUCCACGUCUUUUUGAUCUGGUGAGGAUUCAGGAUAAGAGAAUGAAAGUUGCUUUCUAUGCUGUACUGCGAAACACUGUCAUAGCAAAGGAUCUGGAUCAGGCAACAAGAAUUGCGUAUGGAAACACAGACUUUCGACGUGUGGUUACGCUGGAUGGUGCUCUUUUUGAAACAGCUGGUACAAUGAGUGGUGGAGGAAGUAAACCCAGGGGUGGGAAGAUGGGUACAUCGAUUCGAGCUGCUAGUGUGUCUGCAGAAGCCGUGCAGAAUGAAGAAAAUGAACUCUCUACAUUGGCUGAGAAAUUGAAUGCCGCUGGAAAAAGAAUUGCUGAUGAAGUGAGAAAUUACCAAGCAGCAGAGAAGCAGGUUUCACAUUUGGAGAUGGAACUCGCUAAAAGCCAGAAAGAGAUUGAUAGUUUGAAAUCGGAACAUAGUUAUCUUAAGAAGCAGCUUGCGUCUUUGGAGGCUGCGUCACAGCCAAAGAAUGACGAGCUUGAUAGGCUGCUAGAGCUCGAGAAAAUGAUAUCUGCAGAGGAGAAAGAGAUUGAUAGACUUAUGCAAGGGUCUAAGGAACUAAAAGAGAAGGCUCUGGCGCUUCAGAACAAGAUUGAAAAUGCUGGUGGUCAAUUGUUGAAGGAUCAGAAGAUAAAGGUCCAAAGUAUUCAUUCUGAUAUCGAUAGAAGUUGCUCUGAGAUCAAUCGCCAUAAAGUGCAAAUAGAGACAAGUCAGAAACUGAUCAAGAAGCUGACGAAGGGGAUUGAAGAUUCAAGGAAGGAAAAGGAACGACUAGAAGAUGAAAAGGAAAAACUGAAAGGUGUUUUCAAAGAUAUAGAAGUGAAAGCCUUUGAUGUUCAGGAGAAGUACAAGAAAACACAGGAGUUAAUUGACGAACAUAAGGGAGUCUUGGAUAAAGCUAGAGAAAAAUAUGAGCAAUUGAAGAAGGUGGUCGAUGAGUUGCGUGCAUCAGAGGUUGAUGCUGACUUCAAGCUAAAAGAUAUGAAGAAAGGAUACAAGGAGCUGGAAAUGAGAGGCAAAGGCUAUAAGAAAAAGCUUGAUGACUUGCAAAAUGCAAUUACCCUACAAAUGGAACAAAUCCAGAAAGAUCUUGUGGACCCUGAAAAGCUUCAAGCAACCUUAGCUGAUGGAAAUCUUUCUGAGGAUUGUGAUCUGAAGAAGGCCCUUGAAAUGGUUACAUUGUUGCAAGCACAACUGAAAGAGAUGAAUCCUAAUCUUGAUUCGAUCACAGAGUACCGAGGAAAGGUUGCCCUCUAUAAUGAAAGAGUUGAGGAGCUCAAUGCGGUCACUCAGAACCGUGAUGAUGUGAAAAGGCAACAUGACGAAUUGAGAAAGAAAAGGCUGGAUGAGUUCAUGGCAGGGUUCAAUGCCAUAUCCUUAAAGUUGAAGGAGAUGUAUCAGAUGAUUACACUCGGAGGUGAUGCAGAGCUAGAGCUAGUGGAUUCAUUGGAUCCUUUCUCUGAAGGUGUUGUAUUUAGUGUCAGGCCCCCAAAGAAAAGCUGGAAGAACAUUGCUAAUUUGUCCGGUGGUGAAAAGACUCUGAGUUCAUUAGCUCUGGUUUUUGCACUCCACCAUUACAAGCCUACACCACUGUAUGUGAUGGACGAGAUCGAUGCUGCGCUAGACUUCAAGAACGUCUCGAUUGUAGGGCACUACGUCAAGGACCGCACGAAGGAUGCUCAAUUUGUCAUCAUCAGUCUUAGGAACAACAUGUUCGAGUUGGCUGAUCGGCUCGUCGGGAUCUACAAAACGGAUAACUGCACUAAAAGCAUCACCAUAAAUCCCAGGAGCUUUGCAGUGAGUGAAAAGACUGUUUGAUUAUGGUCGUUCCUCUUCUGUGUACAAAGUAACAAAUGUAACUCUUAGAAUGCAAAUGAUAUCAACUAGAUAUUUAUUGCCAUACUGUUUAUUAGCAUUUUUGAAGUUUAUAACUGAAUACUGAGUAAGGAUUCUAUUAAACAUAUGAAAGAUAG